AUGGCAAGGGAUGCUGCCAAGGUGAAUUUGACAUCAUUGUCAAAGCCGAUCAAGCCCCUUGUUGCAGCUGAGAUCGAACGUGAUAACUUGGGUAAGAAGCAGACCUUGGCAGUUAUUAAGAGGGUGACAAGGGAGGUGUUUGAGAAGGAAAGCGAGGAGGUGAAGGCUGAAAUUCAGGCCAAGAUUGACAUGGUGGAAGAUGCCCAUGCCGGGAUGGCUGACAGCGAACCUUCGCCCCUUCAGCACCAGCUGUAA